AUGAGAGAGCAAGUCCAGGCGGAGAUUACAAGAUGCUUAGAGUUCCUUAAUUACGUAUAUAGUAUUUUCAAGUUUAAGUUCGAACUGCUUCUCUCCACUCGCCCUGAGAAAUUCCUGGGUGAAAUUUCGGAGUGGAACGAGGCGGAAAAGGCGCUUAAAAAUGCUAUCAAUGAUGUAGGACUUCCAUUUAAACUCAAUCCAGGAGAUGGUGCAUUCUAUGGGCCAAAAAUCGACAUUACUCUCUAUGAUGCACUAGGUAGGAAGUGCCAGUGUGCAACAAUACAGCUGGACUUUCAGUUGCCUCAAAGAUUUGGUUUGAAGUAUGCAGCCUCUGACGGCACUUUCAAAACUCCUGUCAUUGUGCACAGGGCAAUUCUUGGAAGUAUUGAGAGAAUGAUAGCUAUUAUUAUUGAGAGCUUUGGAAAGAAACUCCCAUUCUGGCUCACACCCAGACAGAUAGCAAUUAUACCUCUAUUUGUUGAUGAGUAUGCUAGUGAGAUUAAGGAAAUACUGAGCGAUUUUCAGGUAAAGAUAUUCGAUGACAAAGGGCUGACUCUGAAUAAGAAGAUUAGAAAUGCAACAGUUGAUGGUUUCAGGCUGGUUUGCAUUGUUGGCCAAAAGGAGAAGGAUGGCCGAGAAAUCAAUAUUAGGUUGGAAUCUGGAAGCAACUGUAAUAUGAAACUUGAAGAAUUUAUUUCAUUUGUCGAGAGAGUGGCUGAGUCAAAGGGAGACCUGUCUGAAUGUCUACUUGACUUAAAGGCUCUCAGUUUGAAAUAA